AUGCCAUCAACAAUCGACAGUCACACCUUCCAUGUCGCCCUACUACCAGGUGACGGGCAAGGGCCCAAGCUUGCCUCGUAUGUGGAACGGACCUUGAAUUUGAUCCAGCACAUCCGCCGAGAUGUUUCAUUCAACAUCUCCACUCACGACUUUGGAGGGGCAGCUCUCACAGCAGGGGCUGGCACUUCACUACCACCAUCGACAAUAGAUAGCUGCCGACAGUCCGAUGCCACCAUAAUCUGCCAGUGCGGUGAUCCUCGGUAUGGCAUCAAGCCAGAAGAGGGCCUGUUGACUCUGAGACAGGAGCUGGGCGCGAGCGUCAAUGUCCGACCAGUCAGGUUCCCCUCAUCACAGGUGGUCCAGCAGAGUGCCUUCAAGGCAGAAGUCGUCGAGCAGCUUGACAUUGCCUUCUUUCGAGACCUCACUGGCGGGGUCUACUAUGGACCCAAGCAAGAAGCAGGAGAGGACGGCGAGGCAUACGACAUGACCAAAUAUUCCCGCCAGACGAUUCAGAGGUUGGCGCGGCUGGCUGGCACGUAUGCCAUGCAGUUCACUCCACCAAAGCCAGUCCACUCCAUCGACAAGGCGAAUGUUAUGGCGACAUCGCGGUUAUGGCGGUCCGUGGUCACGGAAAUCUUUUCACACGAGUUCCCCCAAGUGACACUCCGACAUGUCUUGGUAGACACGGCAGCUAUGCUGCUUGCGUCUGAUCCUCUCAGCUUGAACGGCGUGGUAUUGGCUGAGAACAUGUUUGGCGACAUUCUCUCUGACCAGGCUGGUGGGAUCCUUGGAUCACCAGAUAUUUUGGCAUCAGCUGCCGUGUCCUCGAUUGACCCCUCCUCAACAUCACCGGGAAUAUUCGAGCCGUUGAAUCUCAAGCCUCGGGAGAAACUAGUCAACCCACUUGGCGUGAUACAGGCUAUUGGCCUGAUGCUAGAGCUGUCUCUGGGUCUGACUGCCGAAAGCAACGCCCUUUCCAAGGCUAUUCGUCGCACCUUGGAUCCCGUGGAACUGAUUGGGUCAGAUAGAAGGACCGCUGACCUUGGCGGCACAGCCACAGCAGACGAGUUCAUGAAUGUCUUGCUGCACAACCUCGACUACUAUCUCGAGGCUGUCAACUCUGCCCAGUUAGCAGCCCCCUCUCCAAUAACAAGUCAACCAUCAUCACCAGCCCUCACUGUAAAACGCCGACCGCUGAGUGUCAUUGAGAAGAUCCUCACUCACGCCGCCGUAGGUCUCACUAAACCCCACGUCGACACCGGCGACAUGAUUUGCGUCAAAGUCGACUGGACAAUCACAUCCGAGCUCCUCUGGGGAGGAAUGGAGAAGACAUACGACCAAAUGGGCCGUCCUCGGCCCUUCCGCAAUGACAGACUCUGGCUCGCUGUCGACCAUACUGUCGACCCGCGCUCAAACCACCUGCCCCGGCAGCAAGGUCUGAUGGCCAAAGCGGAGCGGUUCCGUCGGGAAGCCAAGAUCAUCGACUUUCUGCCCGCAAACACCAGCAUCAUGCAUACGGAUUUCACUAGAGAACGGGCUCAACCAGGCCGUAUCGUCGUGGGCAGUGAUUCGCAUACUUGUUCAGCGGGGAGCAUGGGGUCCUUUGCGGUUGGGUUUGGUGCGGCGGAUGUGGUCAUGCCCAUGGUGACGGGCGAGACGUGGUUCCGCGUGCCUGAAGUCUGCAGGAUCAACUUUGUGGGCAGCUUGCCGUUUGGCGUGGGCGGCAAGGACGUCAUUCUUCAUAUCCUGGGUCUCUUCAAGCGCAACACCAUUGCUUUCCAACGGGCUGUCGAGUACGGCGGCCCAGGCCUCAAAGAACUCUCCAUGGAUGCGAGAUUCGCUAUAGCAAACAUGAACACGGAGUUUGGAGGUAUGGGCGCCUGUUUCGAAGCAGAUGAAGAAACAGCGGCGUGGAUCGCGCGGCGCCAACAUCCAGAACACCGAGAAGGAGGGCUAUAUUUCCGCGCAGACCCUGAUGCCGUCUAUGUCGAGGAGAGAACCAUUGAUCUGUCCACUGUCAGCGUCACCAUGGCACUCUAUCCUAACCCGGACAACGUAGUACCUGUGUCGGAAAAGGCAGGCAUGAAGCUCGACGGAUGCUUCAUCGGUGCUUGCACGACCACAGAGGAAGACCUGAUCAUUGGCGCGUUGGUUCUCGAAGCUGGUCUUCGUGCAGGACUUCGACCGAAGCCCCAAGGAAAACGGCGCGUCACGCCAGGUAGUCUCAUCAUCAUCAAGAACCUAGAACGUGCGGGUAUGUUGGAAAUCUACCGCCAAGCUGGCUUCGACAUUGGUGCCCCAGGAUGUUCCUACUGCGUCGGGAUCAACGACGUCGAUGUCGCCGGAGAGGGGGAAGUCUGGUUGUCCUCUCAGAACCGCAAUUUCCGAAACCGCAUGGGCAAGGGCAGUUUUGGAAACAUUACCUGCGCGGCUGCCGUUGCGGCGUCGAGCUUUGACAUGGUGGUGACUGAUCCCAAGGAGCUGUUGGCUCAGUUGGAUAGGGAGAGAUUGGAGGGUUUGGUGAAGGGGUUUAGGGCGAGUGGUGAAGGAGUUACCCUGGCGAUAAGCGAGCCUGAGCCGGAAGCUGCGUUGAAUACAGUGCCGAAGAUCUUUGAUGAGCCAUCAGGCGCCGACGACGCUGCGUCUCAGUUCCAGCCAAGCAUGCUGGUACGAUCAAAGGUGCAAAGAUUUGGAGAAAAUGUUGAUACAGAUGCCAUCAUUCCCGCCGAGUUCAUGCCUGGAGUCGAUAAUGCCGACCUAGGCAGCCAUUGCUUCCAGUACUUUCGUCCAACUUUCCGAGAAAAGGCGUCUGCAGGAUCUCGUGUCAUCGUUGCGGAGCACGGUUUCGGCAGCGGAUCAUCACGAGAAGACGCCGUCAGAGCAUUACAAGGCGCCGGGGUAGAAGCAGUCAUUGCCAAGGGCUUUGCAUUCAUCUACGAGCGCAACCAACUGAACAUGGGCCUCUUCAACAUCAAGUUGCAAGACGACGAGUUUUACCAGAAUGCACAAGAGGACUCGGCCAUUGUUAUCGACAAGGAGAGCAAAACUGUCCAGAUUGAAGGCUACGACAAGGUAUUUCAUUAUCGGCAGUCUGAUAUUGAAGAAACUCUUUUACAAGCUGGAGGCGUGUUGCCCUUGUAUAGCAAGCUCGGGAGCAAGGUCUUCCGCAGCAUCACGAUGCCUAGGGUAAAGGCUGGGAAGAAGAAGGCACAGAAUGGAAAUGGAAAGCAGCAACCAGUGAGUUUAUGCGGUAGCGGUAGUGAUUCGGGUAUCGACUGGUAG